GGAAGCAAUGUCAACUAACUCAAUACUGGUCACUGUUUUAUUAUCUUGCACGGUUGUAUGUUUAUUGGAAACAGGAGUGGAUGCAGUAAGCGGCAAUAAAGUUCAAUCACUAACGCAGUCGGGAUAUGCAUCACACGGUUGGCAAAAAUCAAGUUUAUUAUGCCUACGAUUAAAUAGUGGGAAAAAUCAACAUGGUGAUUGGUUUGACUUUUGUGACAGCAAUGAACUACUUUCUUCAUUUCUUAUUUGGAAUUUAAAAUCUGCUUGUACACCUGAAUCUUGGAGUUACAGAAGUCAAAGGUAUUGGUUAUUAUACGAACAACCAUAUUUCCGCGGUCCAUAUAUCCUACUUGGUCCUGGUAGGUGUGUUGAUAAUGUGUACGCCUACAAAGUGUUAUCAAUAUCUUCUGUACUUGUGUGUGUGCUAAAUAUCCCAUACACAUUCUAUCCUACUGUAACUUGUCAGUACCCGAAUCGACCGUGGCGAGAAUUUCAGUCAACAACAUUCCAAUAUUAUAAAAGUAAUGAUAACAAACACCAAAAUAUCUUUGCUGAGAAUAAGUCCGGAUUUGGCGGUUUAUCCAGUACAAGUUAUAAUUUAACUGAUUUAUUACGACAAAGUGUAAAUAAUAAGUGAUAAGCCUGUAAAAAAAUUUUUUUUCUGUAC